UUCAUCUUCAAACAGACACAUGUACUUUCCACAAAAUCAUCUGGCGCCUUAAGAACAUUUUAAGCUGUGUAUUCCUUGCCUAUAUUCCUAGUUUCUUGCCUAUAUUCUUAGUUCUUCCGAGAUGCCGAAUAAAACUGUUGUCCUGGCGUAUAGUGGCGGACUCGACACUUCGUGUAUUUUAGUUUGGUUGAAAGAGCAAGGCUACGAUAUCAUUGCAUAUUUGGCAAACAUUGGUCAAGAUGAAGACUUCGAAGCAGCCAGAGCGAAAGCUACGAAUUUGGGUGCGAAAAAGGUGAUAAUUGAAGAUCUUCGAGAAAAUUUUGUCACAGAGUUUAUUUACCCAAUGAUUCAAGCUGACUCGAUUUACGAAGACCGUUAUCUUCUCGGAACAUCCAUUGCUCGCCCAUGCAUUGCUCGCGGUCAGGUGAAAGUUGCAUUAGAUGAAGGAGCGGAAUUUUUGUCUCAUGGAGCGACUGGAAAGGGUAAUGAUCAAAUUCGUUUUGAACUUUCCUAUUAUUCCCUCUUUCCAAAAGCAAAGGUUAUCGCUCCAUGGCGAAUGGAGGUUUUUAUCGAAAAAUUCAAGGGAAGAACUGAUUUGUUUGAAUAUGCCAAGAAAAAUGGGAUUCCUUUGCCAGUCACCCCAAAGAAUCCAUGGAGUACAGACGAAAAUUUGAUGCAUAUAAGCUAUGAAUCAGGAAUCCUAGAAAAUCCUAAGACUGAAGCUCCAAAAGAUAUUUGCAAAAGAACAACUCAUCCGGAAGACGCUCCUGAUAAGCCUGAACGAUUUGAGAUUGAAUUCAAAAAAGGUGUUCCGAUCCGUGUUCUCUGCCAUAGUGAUAAAAAGUCGUCGAACAAACCUUUAGAAAUGUAUCAACAACUCAAUGAAAUUGGUUCACGAAAUGGAGUUGGACGUAUAGAUAUCGUGGAAAAUCGCUUUGUUGGCAUGAAAUCUCGAGGUAUUUAUGAGACUCCUGCUGGAACAAUAUUGCGACAAGCUCACUUGGAUAUUGAGAACAUCACAAUGGACAAGGAAGUCAGAAAACUGAAGCAGUAUUUAUCUAACCAGUUCUCGCAAUUUAUUUACACCGGCUUUUGGUUCAGUCCUGAGGGUAACUUUGUGAGAGAGUGUUUGGCUAAAAGCCAGGAGAAUGUUGAAGGAAUCGUACAAAUGCAAGUUUAUAAAGGACACGUAUACAUCUUGGGUCGAGAAUCAAAGACUUCUCUUUACAACGAAGAACUUGUCAGUAUGGACGUGAUCAGCGACUACAACCCAGAAGACGCCGCAGGGUUCAUUAGAAUCAAUGCUCUUCGAUUGAGAGAAAAUACCAGACUUCGACAGAUGACAGAAAAGUUGAAAUAAGAAUUUUCACUUAUGAACUUGCAAUUGUACUGAGGAUUUUCUUUGCAUAGAGAUGUAUUUGAUUUAAUAUAGUUAAUUAGCAAUUUAGCAUAUGGUCUCAUCGUGCGCAUGCAGGACGUCGAAAAAAACCCAAAUAAUUUAUUUGAGUUUUUAGACCAUGUUUAAGAUAUAUGUUUAAACAAUGUGUAAAAUUUAGUGUAUUAUUUACUAUUCAAUAAUACUCGUAAUAUGCAGUU